GGGGCGGGGCUUUAUUGUGGCGGUGAGGAACAGGAAGCCCUGAAGGGUCAAAAGGAAUACAAAAGCAAAGGCUAUUUUCUUUUUUUUUUUCCUUCUUUCAUUUCUGCCUUCCUCUGUUUCUUUCUUUCUUCCUUUCAUUUUUUUUUUCUUUUUUAAGAGCGAGCAGCUCUGCGGUGGCGGUUUGGGGUGGGCGCCGCCGAGGUGAGGGCGUCUCGCCUCCCGCGCGCUGGUAGGUGAGUGCGGCCUCGGUCCUGGCCUGGCGGCGACACCUGGGUUCCAGCUUCUUCGCUGAAGAGAUGGGGAGCUGCGGCUGUUGUUAGGGUUAGGGCCAGGCCUGCUUUCAGUCCGCACACCCGCCCAGUGUCCGGAGUCGCCGGAACCAGGGGCUUGCGGGCCCAACCUAAGGGGAGACGAGGGUGACGGCGGGAAGGCCCCUGGGUCGCGGGAGGACCCUUUCAGGCGGGCCCAGCACUGCCUGGCAUUUUGUGGGUUUUCUCCACUUUCCUGCCAGGUUGGUUGUUCCAUUAUGGAUGGAGGGGAUGAUGGUAACCUUGUUAUCAAAAAGAGGUUUGUGUCUGAGGCAGAACUAGAUGAACGGCGCAAAAGGAGGCAAGAAGAAUGGGAGAAAGUUCGAAAACCUGAGGAUCCAAAAGAAUGUCCAGAGGAGGUUUAUGACCCCCGAUCUCUAUAUGAGAGGCUACAGGAACAGAAGGACAGGAAGCAGCAGGAGUAUGAGGAACAGUUCAAAUUCAAAAACAUGGUAAGAGGCUUAGAUGAAGAUGAGACCAACUUCCUUGAUGAGGUUUCUCGACAGCAGGAACUAAUAGAAAAGCAACGAAGAGAAGAAGAACUGAAAGAACUGAAGGAAUACAGAAAUAAUCUCAAGAAGGUUGGAAUUUCUCAAGAGAACAAGAAGGAAGUGGAGAAGAAACUGACUGUAAAGCCCAUGGAAACCAAGAACAAGUUCUCCCAGGCAAAGCUGUUGGCAGGAGCUGUGAAGCAUAAGAGCUCAGAGAGUGGCAACAGUGUGAAAAGACUGAAACCGGACCCUGAGCCAGAUGACAAGAAUCAAGAGGCCUCAUCCUGCAAGUCUCUCGGAAACACUUCCCUGAGCGGCCCCUCCAUCCACUGCCCCUCUGCUGCAGUCUGUAUCGGCAUCCUCCCAGGCCUGGGCGCCUACUCUGGGAGCAGCGACUCCGAGUCCAGCUCAGACAGCGAAGGCACCAUCAAUGCCACUGGAAAGAUCGUCUCCUCCAUCUUCCGAACCAACACCUUCCUCGAGGCCCCCUAGUUUCUCUGUGCUUAAGCUGGAAACUCCUCCCCAAGGGUAGAUCGGACCGUUCAUGCUGCCUACAGACAUUAUGUCCCUCAAAAAAAACUCCUUUGCCUGCGUCCUGUGCACAAUGUGACAUUUUUAACCAACCCAAUCUAAAAAUGUGCCAGAAUCUACCUGUGGCCCGAAUCGUGUUUGGUUUCUCUUUCCACUCUGGUGCAGAUGACCAAACCUGUCCCGCUGCCACUUCCUCACAGACAUGGGGAGGAGGGCAAGGCCCAGCCGAAGUUCCACUAAAAAUGCCCUAGGAGGAUAGGCACCGGCUGGCUUGCCAAAGGGUUUGGGUUUUAUUGCUUUCUGUUUUUUUCUUUUCUUUCCUUUUCCAACAGCACAAAAAAGUAAGGGCAGUUAUUGGACAGGUAUUAUUUAAACAUUCUAUUGUAGAUGAAUGUGCUGUUUGGUUCUACUGAAUUGUGGAGCAUGUGGGGGAAGAAAGCUGACCCAGGUGAUGAAAUGGAGCCCUUCCCUGGAACUAACCAGUCCUUGAUGUUGUGUGACUAAGUAGAGAUGCUAAACCCCAUCUGCUGGGGGUGUCGCUUCACACUCGGCAUGCAUUGUGAAGGCUUUCCGCACCCUUGGCCAUUCCUUCUCCCCUCUCUCUCCAACCCCAUUUAUGCAGGAAGGAACUGCUAACAAGAAAGCUUCCAUCUUCUCAGACCUUUUCUCUGCCUCGGAAAUUAUUUGAUGUUUGUUUUUGAAAUAAAGGAUUUAGUUUGAGAUUCAAAAUUUUAGAGAAACGUAGGCCUUGUUUACUCAUAGCCAGACAUCAGAGCUGUGGGUAGGUAUGUUAAUGAGAUGACUUAUUUCCGGCAGCUUCUGGAAUCCAAAUAUUGUAAACUAGUGGGACAUACUUGCAUAUUAUGACUGUUCUAUCGAGGCCCUUCUCUGUUUAAUGCAUAUUAUAUUUGUGCUUUUAACUGUGGAAUCUAUUUCUAAAUUAAGGGUGCUGCCCUAGUACUUUUCUUUGCUGCCCUUGCUGCUCUUUUUCCCUUCCAAACAGCAACACUGAGGCCAUGAGCAGCCAAAAACUAGAGGUGCUCCUCCAUCUCGUCUCAUAAAGGGAAACAGGCUCAACCCUUGGAUUCUGGAGGAGGGAGGGGGAGAGGGUGUGGAGGCCUCGAGGACAGAGGCAGACAUGAGCUUUGACAACAGUCUGUAGGCUCUCCUGCUUUAGAAUAAGCCUGUACCAUUCUUUAUCCAUUCCCCUUGUUCCUACAUCAAUUGUUUUUACUUUCUUGGGUGUGAGACUGAGCGAGACACACACAAAAUGUGUUGACACUGUGAUGCCAGCAGGCAAAGCAGCUACCGACUUUGAAUGUGGGCAGAGAGGCCCCUGGAUCUCAUCCAGCCCACUCCUUUUCCCUUUCCAGUGCAGUGAUACUCCAGUGCCCGUUGGCAGAUGGUGACUUCCCUGCACCCAUAACUGAUGCCUUGUGAAUUCUUCCUCCGUUUCAGAACUACUCUAUGCUAAUUGUUCAUGACUGCCAAUACGUGUGUCAGCUCCAUCCUAACAAAUAAGACGUUUAGGUAAAACUGUGUAGGCACCUUCUGCUUCUCUGCUUCAUUGUUCCUGUGAUAGUCCUGUUAUUACAGCAUGUUCCCAAAACAGCCUCACAUUGUUAAAGGCAGCAGACCAGGGCAUCAAAGUCACCAUCUUUAUGUGGCUUGACUCUUAAGAGGCCAUUACUGUACUUCAUGACCUCUUGAUAGAGAAAGAAGUUGACAAAGGGUUGCAGGUUUAAAAAGAUUAACAUGAAAGCUAAUAAACCUGUCAAAGAACAA